AUGGAUGGUGGGGAAAUAGGAUGGGUUCAUUUAGUUGAUUGGGUAAGUCUGGAAGAGAAAGUUAGGUUUCAUUUACUCGCUUGGGUAGACUCGCAACAGGUGCAUAGUGAAGAGUCGCAGCAGCAGCUAGAUUGUCGCAUCGCGGUCGCACUGGAGGUGCUACUCGGUCUAAUGGAUAUAGCUGCGAAAUGUGGCAAGGCAUUCAAGUUCAAACAUCAUCUGAAGGAGCACAUUCGAAUCCACUCCGGCGAAAAACCGUUCGAGUGUCCAUCCUGCCAUAAACGAUUCUCACAUUCUGGAUCGUACUCGUCACAUAUGAGCAGCAAGAAAUGCAUACAGCAGACUGUGCCCUCGAUGGUCCCGCAAUUCAACCACUAUCAGUUGAUAGUCUACAGAAAUCUGCUCAUGCAGCUUCAGGCUCAACAACAACUCACUACACUGCCCUCCGUCGACAUGAACCCCUACCUCAGUCUCAUUCAACAGAAUAUGCUCCAAGGGAUAGCCGACGCUGUUCCAACCUCUCCUGUGCCAACGUCUCCUUCAUCUCUUCUGUCUUCCUACCUUAACUCAACAAUCUCCUCUGAAAGUAGUCCGCCCCGUUCGGAAUCCUCCCCGGAUGAUAAGAAGGAUAAUAAGGAGAUCAAAAAGGAGGAAUCGAAUGAAAAUGGUGUGGGUGAACUUGAAGUUUCUGUUGGAAAUGAGGUGAUCAACGAUGCGAAGACGUCACCUCAAGAUUGGCGUCCGCUUCGAUCUCGAUCAUUUUUGACCGAUGCGCAGGUGACCAUUCUUAGUAAUCACUUCAAGCGGAAUCCAUUUCCAUCAAAGUACGAGUUGUCCGCUGUCGCAGAACAGAUUGGUGUGAACAAGCGUGUAGUUCAGGUUUGGUUCCAAAACACCCGAGCGAAAGAACGUCGAAGCAACCGACUUCCGCCGCUUUCGCGAAUGCCUUGGCCUUUAUCAGCGGCCACAUCUGCCUUACCUCACCCGAAUGCUGCCCAAAUCAUGUCCGUCUGGGCACAACAAUAUUCUGCCCUUGCCUCGCAGGCCGAACAGUCAGCUGAUGAAUCAGCCACGAUUCAGAAAGAGGAAAGCCUAGACGAUGACAAAUCAAACACGCCACUUGACCUCACCGUCAAGGAUGAGAGCGACCAUGACUGGAGCCCUGAAAAGCUUGUCGGUCUUGUUGAUCGCAGUGCUUUCAACCUUCAACAACUAUUGAAACAGACAACUAGCAGUGAUCCUAGCCCAUCUUCUGAAACUCCGGAAACAGAAGUGACGUCUUCGAUUUGGCCCACCGCCAACAUGCUUUUCAACCAAUACAAUAUUCUGAAUGUUGGCAAUUUGGCAAACAUCCAAAAUGUCCUAGAGCACCAAAACGAUGCAGAUGAGACGAUGAGUUUGGGUUCUAAUGACUCUAAGCGCAAUAAUUAUAGAAUUAGCAAGAUCGUUGAAGAAGAGGGUCUCUACGCAUGCGAUCAAUGUGAUAAAAUGUUUGGAAAACAAAGCUCGCUGGCUCGACACAAAUACGAACAUUCAGGUCAACGUCCAUACAAAUGCGAUGUUUGCGAUAAGGCUUUCAAACAUAAGCAUCAUCUGACGGAACACAAACGGUUACAUUCUGGAGAGAAACCUUUUCAGUGUGACAAGUGUCUGAAGCGAUUCAGUCAUUCCGGGAGCUACAGUCAGCACAUGAAUCAUCGCUACUCGUACUGCAAGCCGUACAGAGAGGGCAUGGUGACGGCUGCUUCGGCCGGCUCGGAGACGACGUCGUCGCAGCCGGGCACCCCGAACCCGACCCCGCUCGAGGUGCCGUUGAUGGGCACCCAGCUCAGUCCCCUGCUCAGCCCCGCCGCGUCCCUCGUCUAGCCUAGAAUUUCAUUCGCGCAUUCACCCCCUGAAAAUUCUCUUAUCGUGCAACCACAAAAUGCCUCACUUCUUCGCCAGAUCUCGUGUGAUAUUCUACAUUUUUGUUCUGUUUUUCGUUUUUUUUCUUGCCCACAAUCUUGCCAUGUGUACAUACUUUCGU